GCAAGAUGGCGGCGCAGGUGGAGUUGUGUUGUUUGGAAAGUUUCCCUUCGCACCUGAGUCCUCUGGAUGUUCUGGUUCUUCAAACUCAACUGGACUCGGUGUUCCAGAAUGACGCCGACCCACCGACCGCCCUCUUCACCCCGCAGCGGCCUCGGGGCUCCGGAGGGCCGGGCAUUUUACUGCGCGUCCACCCGACCGCCGAGGAGGAGAUCGCGGGCUACGGAGGAGGAAACGCCCCCAGAGCCGAGUCCGGGAGCCGGGUCCGGGUGUUCACCAGCCGGUUCUUCCUGCGGCACCACGGAUUUGAGGGUCUCGGCAGCAGCACGGGGACCCUGCGGGCUAUGGAGCCGAUCCCCCUGGAUAGACUGGUGCUGGGAGCCCGCAGCAGGCAGAGCCUCCACUGGGCCGGAGCCGAGUGUUUUACCGGCGGGCUGCUGGAGCUCUGCCGCCCGGGACAGUGGCUGCUGGCCCGGCAGGGAGACCCGCUGCUGCUGCCCCGACACCCGCUGCUGGGUGAGGACCCGGGACAGGUGCAGCAGCACCUGAUGGAGCUGCUGGUGUUGGACUGCAGUCCUGUGACACAGGGGCGGAUCACCGCCGACACCUCGGUGGUUCUGACGGACUGCUUGGACUCGGCGGACCCCCCGAGCGCCCCCCCGGCCUGCAGACCGCUCAGGCUGUGCGUGUCGGACUUCGCUCAUUACGCCGACGGCCUCGGAGGGGGGCGCUCUCUCCUGGAUAACAGGAAACUGCUGGGCUCGGGGUUCUCGGGCGUUCUGCAGGCGCUGGAGUGCCGGGUGGACGUCCGGGUGGUGGACACCAAGCGAUGGCUGGGGGUCAAAGGUCAGCAGGGAGCCGCCGCGGACGUGGACAGCUGCGUGUUUGUGAGCAAACAGCUGCUCCUCCGGCUGGGGCUGUUUAACCAGGAGUGGGUGAAGCUGUCGAGGCCCGGCGGAGCCUCCAGGACUCCCGCGGGUCCCACGGAGGUCAAGGGGGGCGUCUGCAGACGGCGGCUGGUCUCCGUGCUGGUUGUGGAUUUAACGCAGAGUCCGGACCUGCAGGACUACGACGAAGUCGGUUUCGUAUCGGCGACUCUGUGGUUCAACAUGACCGAAGGAGACGCGAUCCCUGUGAACGGCUGCACGCUGAGGAUGAAGCGGUGGACUCCGUCUCCUCCGGCGCCCGCCGGACGCCACUCCGACAGUGUCAGUCGCUCUUCUUCUCCGAUGUUCGCCAGCGAGCUUCACGUCCAGCCGGUCGCGUCUCCGCUGUACAACGACCUCGGUUGCUACGGCGACCUGCUGUCCGAGCACUUCAGCGCGCCCAGACUGGUUUCACGGGGAGACAUCCUGACAGUUCCGGCUGAAAACCACCCAGACCUGCUGGAGAACAAUUCAGAGGGAAUACACAGGUGUCCAGUGCUGUUCUUCAGAGUGCAGAAGGUGUGUCCGUCGACGGAGAAAGAGGAGGAAGAAGAAGGAGGAGAAGCAGAAGCUCUACUGGCGGACAGACUGCACACCUCACUCUACAUGCGAGGGUCCACCGGCGGCCCCGUCCCCUGCCUCUCCGUGGAGGGUCCGUCUCUGUGGAGCAGCCUGUCUCCUCCGGGCCUCGUCAAGACCGUGGAGCUCCUCGGCGCCAUCAUCCCGCCGCACCUGCACCGCAGCAGCUCUUUGUCCGGCUGCACCGUCCUCCUCCACGGCCCAACUGGAAGUGGUAAAGUAACGGCGGUCAGCGCAGCGAGUCGCAGACUGAACCUCCACCUGCUGAAGGUGGACUGCGUUAACGUGUGCGCCGACACCCCCGCGGCCACGGAGGUGAAGCUGACCUCGGCGUUUCAGCGGGCCGAGGCCCUGCAGCCGUGCGUCCUGCUGCUCCGGAACCUGCAGCUCCUGCUCGGCUCUCGGGGCGACGCCAGGGAGGACGGCAGAGUCCAGGCCGCGCUCUGCCAGCUGCUCCGCGGCGCCCCCACCAGGGUGGUCGUGGUGGCGACGGUCUGCAGACCUCGGGAGCUGUCUGCGGGCGUCGCGGCGGCGUUCAUCCACCAGGUGGAGAUGGAGAGUCCCACCGAGGAGCAGCGGCACUCCAUGCUGGUCAGCAUGAGCCGAGACGUCCGCCUGGGAGGGGACGUCAACCUGGAGAGACUCUCCAAAAUCACCGCGGGGUUUGUGUUGGGGGAUCUGAGCGCUCUGCUGGUCGAGGCGGGUCGAGCUGCCUGCAGGAGGCUGAUUCACACCUGCGGUGGCCGGCAGGAGGAGGACCUGUGCUCCAGUGGAGUGACAGUCCUGAACCAGGACUUCUGCUCCGCCCUGAAGACCCUGCAGGACGCCCAGUCCUCGGCCAUCGGAGCCCCCAAGAUCCCAGAUGUGCGUUGGGAGGACGUCGGAGGUCUGCAGCAGGUGAAGAAAGAGAUCCUGGACACGGUUCAGCUUCCUCUGCAGCGCCCAGAGCUCCUGGGUCUGAACCGGACCGGGGUCCUGCUGUACGGACCGCCGGGGACCGGGAAGACCCUGCUGGCCAAAGCUGUGGCUACCGAGUGCUCCAUGACCUUCCUCAGCGUUAAAGGUCCGGAGCUCAUCAACAUGUACGUGGGCCAGAGUGAGGAGAACAUUAGAGAAGUGUUCAGCAGAGCGCGCUCAGCGGCUCCGUGUGUCGUCUUCUUUGAUGAGCUGGACUCUCUGGCUCCCAGCAGGGGGCGCAGUGGAGACUCGGGCGGGGUGAUGGACAGAGUCGUGUCUCAGCUGCUGGCCGAGCUCGACGCUUUGCCGUCGUCCGCCGGGGUUUUUGUGAUCGGAGCCACGAACCGUCCGGACCUGCUGGACCAAUCGCUGCUGAGGCCCGGCAGGUUCGACAAGCUGGUCUAUGUGGGCCUCAACGAGGACCGGGCCUCCCAGCUGCAGGUUCUGCGGGCGAUCCUCAGAAAGCUCCAGGUGGACUCCGCCGUGGACCUGCAGCAGGUGGUGGAUCGCUGCCCCGAUCACAUGACCGGCGCCGACCUGUACGCUCUGUGUUCGGACGCCAUGACGGCCGCCAUCAAGAGGAAGAUCGCUCUCAUCGACCGCGGUCUGGACUCGGAGGACUCCCCUCUCCUGGUCUGCGUUGAGGAUUUCUCUUCCGCGUUGGAAACCUUCAAGCCGUCCAUUUCACAGAGGGAGCUGCUGAGAUACAGAAACCUUCAACGUGAACUCACUGCCCAGUAGAGGAGGAGGAGGAGGAGGAGGAGGAGGAGGAGGAGGGACUCUGAUGAAGGUCUAAUUUAAAAGUGACGAUCACAUCUGAAGAAAUUAACGUUGUAAAUAAUGUAAACAAGAAGUUAAUUUAUUUAAUUGUGAGAUUAUAAUUUAUAAAUACAGACGUGAACCAGAAGCGAGAUUUUAUUUCGGGAUGGAAAAAACGGCGUCACCAUCAGCCAAUCAGGGGGCGGGUCUUCGCGCGUGGUGAGUGUAACAUGAGAUCUUUAGACUAAAUAGUUAUUAUUGACAAUUACUUGAUUACUAUUGUGACAUACCAGCCCCCAUGCUGCUCUAUUAUAGUACUGUAAUCAUAACAAUACAGAAUCAUGUAUGUUAAUACUUUUUUAAAGAGGUGGAGUUAAAUCUUCAGGUGUGAAGAAGGAUCGCGAAGUUAGUGUUGAAGAAAGUCAUAAAACUGCUGAUUUUAUCAUUUUUUUGUCAAAAACUUAAGUAGUCUUAUUUUAUUUUUUUUAUUGAUUUUUACUAAAUCCAACAAAACUAUAACACUAUGAAGUUAUGGAAACUUCAGAGGAUAAAAAAAAAAAAAA